AACGCCUCAUUUUGCUUUUUUUUUUUUUUUUUCAGUAUAAUUGUUGGUGCACCACGCGCUCAAUCCACACUGCCCGCCCAGCGGAAUAUCAAUGAAACUGGUGCCAUUUAUCGUUGCACUUUGUCAGCAACUUCCACCUGUAAUCCAUAUGUCAUCGAUGAUAGAGGUAAUAUCACAAUCGAGAACUUCGACUCAUAUACCUACGAUAAUGAGGCGCGCGACAAUCAAUGGCUGGGUGCUGCCAUGGAUGGCGGCAUCAAGGACACGGAUAAGCUGUUAAUAUGCGCGCCACGUUUUCUCACGCCCACCGCAAAUGAUUACCUAAUGAAUGGCAUCUGUUACUGGGUUAAAGACACACUCAAUGACAAUCCAACAAAAGUACAAAGGAUCUCACCAUUGCGCCUUAAAUCGGAGCAAAGGAAGACUGUUAACAAUCAUCCCACUUUCUAUUAUAUGUUGGCAGAGGAAGGGCUGAGCGCGCAUGUGACCGAUAAUAAUGAAGAGUUCGUUAUUGGUGCGCCAGGCAUAAGUAAUUGGAAAGGUUCGGCGAUACAUGUACGCAAGCGAUUCGAGGAGGAUCCAAUAUUGAGUAGGCGUGAUACGUCUGAAAGAAAGCGCGUGACACGACAACUUGAAUUCUCAGGACAAUACGUACUGGAUACUAAAGAUCAGGCGAAUGACUCGUACAUUGGUUAUGCUGUGGGCUCCGGCUACUUUGACAGUAAGGACAAGAAUCGGCUGAUGUAUGUGGCAACAGCGCCACAGGCCAAUUUGCAAUCGGGAGAGGCCUACUUAUACAAAUAUUCUGAGGAUAGCAAGCUGAAGAUGACGCGCGUUUAUGUUUUUCGCGGCACGCAUUUCGGCGAAUAUUUCGGUUAUUCGCUGCUGACUGAGGAUCUUAACGGCGAUGGGCUCACCGAUGUGGUGAUUUCAGCGCCACAAUACUCAACGUCUGGUUCUUUCGAUGAUGGUGCCAUCUAUGUGUUCCUCAACAAAGGCAAUUUCAAUUUCGAGCAAAAACUGAUAGUUUCGCCAGCGCAUGGCAAAGCGCGUUUCGGUACCACGCUCAGUCGGCUGGGCGAUAUCAACCAUGAUGGCUUCAAUGAUAUUGCUGUUGGUGCGCCAUUCGCUGGCAACGGUGCCGUCUUCAUCUAUCUCGGCAGCAACGAUGGCCUACGCCAGCAUCACAGCCAACGCCUGAACUCACCUGAUGUGGUUGUCAGCAAGUAUGGCGAGCAUAUGUUUGGUCACGGACUUUCCAAAGGCGCCGAUAUCGAUAACAAUGGUUUUAAUGACUUUGCCGUCGGCGCACCAAAUGCCGAAGCGGUUUUCGUCUAUCGCGCCUAUCCCGUGGUGAAGAUACACGCCACUGUUAAGUCACAAACGCGAGAAAUCAAAACCGAUCAAAAUAGUUUUAAGAUCACAACCUGCUAUAGAAUCACCACUCCAUCCGCGAAGGUGAACGAUCAGGACUUGGCUAUACGUAUUGUUGUAGACCCACAAGUCAAACGCGCUAAGCUGCUGGUGCAAACACGCACGAAUGAGAUUAGUUUUAAUGCGACGGCUGGUCUGCAGGAGCAAUGCCGCUCAUUUGAUUGUGAAGUACACAGCAGCGUAGCGGAUAUUUUCAAGCCAAUCGAAUUGGAAAUGCACUAUGAUCUCAUUAAUGGAGUGCCGAAUUCGGGAGUGUUCUGUGAUAAAUGUGCGGCCGUUGACCCGGCCGAGCCAAAGGUGUACAGUGAGAAGAUCAUCUUUAGUACGGGCUGCAGUUCCGAUAUCUGUGUGGCUGAUCUGGAAGUUAAAAGCCACAAUUUGGAUCACACAUACAUUCUCGGCAGUAGUCGUACACUGGCCGUCACAUAUGACAUAACCAACAAUGGCGAGACAGCUUAUCUACCUCAAAUCAGCAUCACUUCAUCGAAUCGUAUGCCCUUCGCCAAAAUACCUGGUAACUGCCGUAUCAAAGAUAACGACUACUUAGAAUGCGAUUUGAAUAAUGGCGUUGCAAUGGCGAGAGGCGCCAAAGACUCAUUUACUGCUAUUUUCGAUGUUGCUGGAAUAUCGGGAAAAGCAGUGAUUCUAACCGCCAAGGUGUUCAGUACAGGCAAGGAGGCCAACGAAGCCAAUAACAUGAUCACCGAUGUAAUAACACUCGGAGAAUUCACCGAAAUCGAUAUAGUCGGCAUUCCCAAAACACCGCAUGUCAACUUGGAGAAGAUCAGCAAUACUACCGAAAUCAUUAACAACUACGAGGUGAGUUUGCGGAUAUUUAAUUUGAUUUGUGCAAAUGUCAAAUUUACAAUCCCUUNCUCGACGAGUACGCACAGCACAACUACAGUUUCCAAGACGAAUAAACAUAAACACAUUAAUGCGCAAUAUGAUUCCAACAGCUUCUAUGAAAUGACAGUAGAAAGCGAAAGUUGUAAGUUUAAAGAUCGCCAAAUAACUGUUGAACUCUUUCCUUACUCCAUUUCCAUUUUGCCACAUCUUUCAGCAACCCAUACCGAUGACACAACGAUUAUCAGUCGACGUCGUAGACGUCGUGAAGCUGCUGCCAAUACGGCCAAAGCACAGUAUGCUCGUAUCGUCAAGGCGCACGAACUGCUAAGUGAAGAUCUAAGAGGUAAAUUGCCAGUGAAUCGUACGAUCGUUUUCAAUUGCAAUGAUCCCGAGAUGACGAUUUGUGUGCGCUCUGUUAUGCGUGUUUAUAAUUUCAAACCCGAGAAGCCCAUCAUGACAAUGAAAUAUCAAGUCGAUCUGAAUGAGAUCAAUCAGAUAUUGAUUGAACCAUGGGAAUAUUUUGUUAUACUAAUCGGUGCGGAUGUGAAAAAGAUUGGUGACUCUAAUGGCAAAUCGCUGGCGAUACGCAAGAGCAUCGACUAUAAUAUUGUUUCGAAACAUCAACUCUAUGGUACGCCGAUAUGGGUGUAUAUAUUGGCCGUGUUGGGUGGACUCUUGCUAUUGGCGCUAAUGACUUACGGAAUGUAUAAGCUUGGAUUCUUCAAGCGCGCGAAGAAGGAGGAAAUGGAUGCAUUGGUUCAUCAAGGUUCCACAAGACCGGCACGAGAUGAUGUAGAGCCAGAAGCAGAAAACCUAAAUACUGACAGAAAUUAAACAAAAAAACACUUUAGAUAAAAAACAUUCAAAGUAUAUUUUUUUACAAAUUUUACGCUGCAAUAAUUACGAAACGAAUGGCUUUAUCAUCACACAACACACACACACACA